GCUUGGAUAACAGGAGCAACAAACGCGAAGCUGGUUGGAGCAGCAGCAGCAGGAGGAGGAGACGGAGGCCGUUUCUGGACAAUGACUGACGUGGAAAGUGUCAGAGGCAGGAUGAGUCUGGAUAAAGCGGAGCUGUGUGAUUCUCUGCUAACCUGGCUGCAGACGUUUCAGGUGCCGUCAUGCAACAGCAAGCAUGACCUCACGAGUGGAGUGGCCAUCGCACACGUGCUGCACAGAAUAGACCCCUCUUGGUUUAAUGAGACAUGGCUGGGCAGGAUCAAGGAGGAGAGCGAGGCCAACUGGCGCCUGAAGGUCAGCAACUUGAAAAAGAUACUGAAGAGCAUGCUGGAGUAUUAUCAUGAUGUGCUGGGUCACCAGGUAUCAGAAGACCACAUGCCAGACGUGAACCUCAUCGGAGAGAUGAACGACGUGACUGAACUGGGGAAGUUGGUGCAGCUGGUGUUGGGCUGUGCCGUCAGCUGUGAGAAGAAACAAGAGCAAAUCCAGCAGAUAAUGACACUUGAGGAAUCUGUCCAGCACGUUGUGAUGACAGCCAUUCAGGAGCUGUUAUCAAAAGAGCCUUCAAUUGAACCGGGGAGUCCAGAGACCUAUGGGGACUUUGACUACCAGUCCAGGAAGUAUUACUUCCUGAGUGAAGAGGCAGACGAGAAGAUGGACCUGAGCCAGCGCUGUCGAGACCUGGAGCAUCAGUUGUCGUUGGCUCUGGAGGAGAAGUCGUCCCUGCACGUGGAGACUCGCUCGCUGAAGGAGAAGCUGAGUCGCUUUAAUGGUCUGGACGCCUCCUCCACCGCCAUCACCGGCAAGAAGCUGCUGCUGCUGCAGAGUCAGAUGGAGCAGCUGCAGGAGGAGAACUACAGACUGGAUAACAGCAGAGACGACAUGCGCGUGCGUGGAGAGAUUCUGGAGCGAGAGGUGACGGAGCUGCAGCUGCGUAACGAGGAGCUGACCAGCCUGGCUCAGGAGGCCCAGAACCUGAAAGACGAGAUGGACAUCCUCAGGCACUCGUCUGACCGGGUGAACCAGCUCGAGGCCCUGGUGGAGACGUACAAGAGGAAGCUGGAGGAUCUGGGCGACCUGCGCAGACAGGUGCGCCUCUUGGAGGAGCGCAACACCGUGUACAUGCAGCGCACCUGCGAGCUGGAGGAGGAGCUCCGCAGGGCCAACUCCGUCCGCAACCAGCUGGACACCUACAAGAGACAGGCACACGAGCUUCACACCAAGCACUCAGCGGAGGCCAUGAAAGCAGAGAAAUGGCAGUUUGAGUACAAGAACCUUGACGACAAGUACGAUGCACUGCUGAAGGAGAAAGAACGUCUGAUCUCUGAGAGAGACACACUCCGGGAGACAAACGACGAGCUUCGAUGUGCACAAGUCCAACAGAGGUGUCUCAGCGGAGCUGGCGGCUUGUGCGACACUGAUGUCACAGUAGGAAACCUGGCCUCAGAGAUCAUGCCCACUGAGCUCAAGGAGACCGUGGUGCGUCUGCAGAGUGAAAACAAGAUGCUGUGCGUCCAGGAGGAGGCCUACAGGCAGAAGCUGGUGGAGGUGCAGGCGGGACUGGAGGAGGCUCAGCGCAGCAAGAACGCCCUAGAAACUCAGAACAGAUUAAACGAGCAGCAGAUCUCGGAGCUGCGUUCUCAGGUGGAGGAGCUCCAGAAAGCUCUGCAGCAGCAGGACAGUAAAACUGAGGAUUCGUCCUUACUGAAGAAGAAGCUUGAGGAGCAUCUGGAGAAGCUCCACGAGGCUCACUCUGACCUCCAGAAGAAAAGAGAAGUCAUCGACGACCUGGAGCCCAAAGCCGACGGCAACAUGGCAAAGAAGAUAGACCAACUCCAGGAGAGCCUGCGCAAGAAGGACGAGGACAUGAAGCAGAUGGAGGAGCGAUACAAACGCUACGUGGAGAAGGCGAGAACGGUGAUCAAAACCCUGGAUCCUAAGCAGGCGCCGGUGACGCCGUCUCCUGACGUCCAGGCUCUGAAGAAUCAGCUGUCGGAGAAGGAGAGAAAAAUCCAACAUCUGGAGCAUGACUUCGAGAAGAGCCGAGUCAGACACGACCAGGAGGAGAAACUCAUCAUCAGUGCCUGGUACAACAUGGGGAUGGCGUUGCAUCAGAAGGUGUCCGGCGAGCGGCAGGGCCCGUCUAACCAGGCCAUGUCGUUCCUCGCCCAGCAGAGACAGUCGACCAACGCCAGGCGAGGCCUCGUACGACAGCAGCCCAGAUAAAAAAAACAAAAACGACCACACAGAGCUUCAAACACGACGAGGGGAGCUAACGGCUGAACUCCCCCCACACCUUCUUGCCUUCAUACCUCCACUGGAUCUCUGCACCUUAAGAGAGUAACCCUCAUGCUGCUACUGCCCCCUGCUGGCUCUCCACGGUACGACAGCAGUGUUUCCCAGAGGGCGAGAGAAACUGCUGGCGGCGUUUGACUUUUUAUUGGACUCUUAAAAAGAAACUGAAUGUGAUGGAGGAGAGCGAGGGGCCUGAAAAGACGCUGACUCACCUUUUAAGGUGACUUUUAUCUCCUCUCGGACUCUCUCCUGUUUCUUUAAAGUCUGUUUUAAAACUUUUUUUUUUUUUAAAUCUUUUAUGUUUAGCUCUCGAGAUGAAAUGUGAAGUAGAUUUGUCAGAGGAGUUUUUCGGGGUAAAUUUCUAGAAGGGCUUAAAGAAGCUGCGGAGGACUGAGAGCAAGACCGUCUCUGUCAGCCUUUAGUGCGUCUCUUUGGUUUUUCUUUGUUUGUUUAGAACUUCUUCACUGUUUUUCUUUUUUUUGUUUUGAGGUGGGUUUGACGUCGUAAAGGUACAGCGACCAUGACGGGGUGUUAAUGGAUUUUCACUAAGAUCUCUAAUCUAAAUAAUAAUGUAAAGCUUCACUGGAUACACCAAAGCACUUUCCUAGAGGGUCGGUUAAUCCGCGCCUCAAAUCAAAUAAGAUCUCCCUCCUCUUUGGAUGAGACCGCCCCGUCUCCUCCGACACAAAAACACUCAACUUAAAGACUCCUCCUUUUUAAUUUGGCUUUAGUUCAUUUAGAUUUUUCUCUCAUUUCCUGAUUUAAAAUGUGAUUAUACUUUCCAGACUUUUUCCUCGAGUCCCAAAGAUUGAAACAGGGUUUUGUUUGUGGGUUGGACCUAAUCACACUCACCACUUUAUAUACUUGUUAAACGGAGCGUUUACAGGGAAAGUAAGGCGUCCGAGUUUAUCUUAAAGACUGGAACUGAUAAAAACUCUAAACAGUCAUGAAUCAGCUGACGGCUGUUUUACCGCUGCUACCUUCUAAUUUUCAUUUGACUGAUCUGGAAGAAAAGCUGGAAUCAUGUUUUUUUUUUGACUGGACUAUGGAGGCGGGUGAACAUGUUAGACGGCGCACACAUGAACGCCACAUCUAGCUCGACUUAAAGCGAGUAACUUUUUCACUUCCACCCGAUGUGGACCUCCUUUAGUCCCCCGUGUCAGAGCUGCUGUUUGGUGACUUGUACUCCGUCCCCUGUGAGUGUCUGUGCUGUUCUCUACUCACCUGAGUCCUCCUGUGGUGUGUGGACAUUUUUCUACUUGUGUUCAUUGUUUUGGAGUUUGUAAUUUAUGGUGUUGUCACUUUUCUGUUCUGCACAUUUGCAUGGUUUGAAGAGGGUGAAGUAGUACUUUGUGUUUGUAUCAUAUACGAUGGGGUUUGUAGAUGAUAGCGUAGCAUUCGUCACACAGGGAAUCAGAGGCAAGUCAAACAUUUGUAGUCCUGUCUGUUCCACUUUUGCACUACAAAUAAAUAGGAUCUUAAGAUAAA